GGCGAGAGAAUGGACGCUGAUUUCUGCCUUCGCACUCUUCGCCCAUACCCCAACGUCCUCCCCUUCUCGAUACCAUGGCGGCACUCUCUUCUCCUCCCACGCUCGUCCGCACGCCACCCUCGCUGCGACGCCUCGAUCCACGCCCUGGCGGCUUGCCCAAUACCAGAUACAGACGCAACGCUCUGCGCUCACAGACUCCAAAGUCAUCGAGUCCACCUACCGACUCCAUCUCCAUCCUCGACAAGGCCAUCGCGGCUGCAGCAUCCGGUUCUUUCAGCGACUCGUCGCCUCCUUCUCUUGCUCUCCUUCCGCUACGCGUACGCCGAGCACCAAGCCUCACCGAGCUCCGUGUCCUCAACACAGCCUCCUCCAGCGCACGUCAGAGACGUCGUCGUCGUCGAGCCAACUCGUGGAGCCCCGGUCCAGACUAUCAAAACUUUCAGUUUCACUUGGAGGAUAUCAACAGCUCGCCCCUCAGCAGCUCUCCCUCUCCCUCUCCUCCUCCUCAUCAAGACGCUCAACCCUUCCAGGCCAACUUCUUUGUCCAUUCAGACAACCUCACACCUAGCACGGCAAGCACGAGUCCAAGCCCACUCGACGAUCGUCAGCUUCGCCGUUUAUCAAGCAUCACCGAGGUGAGCAACAGUAGCGAGGAAGACCAGCAAGGGCCAGUUACCCCAACCCUACUACACCACCCUCUGGCGGCCACCAUGCUCUACCGUCGCCCACCAUCGGCUUCGGAAGUUGCCCCUUCCCACUCUUCCUCCCACCCUUUCAAGGCCGCUUCCGAGCCGCGCCGUAGCCGCUCGUGCAGCUCGACGUCUUCGCAGGCUACCAUCGUCGAUGCGACCCCGCAGUCGUCCUAUACCAACGCCUUUGCCGCCUCAUCCUCGAAUUCAGUCGACUCCGCCGCCAGCGCUUCAGCCAGCACCAGCAUCGCAACCUCCUCUUUCCCUCAACCACCACCCCGCGCGGAAACCCGUGACGGCAGCCUCUGCUCUAGCGGCGGUGGCGCGGUCAUGCAAGGCCUUGGGCUGGGCAUCGUACCGGACGACGCCUUGCUCGAUGACGAUGUCAGCGAACUUAGCCUGGUCACCGACGAGGAAGAGGAAGCGCACACGGACGAAGACGAUGAGGACGACGAGUACCGCCCGCCUCAGCCACGAUUCCUCGACCGACGAUCCCACUCGCUUCCCCUCCCCACACUGGACUCCACCCUGCACCACCGUCGAGCUCGCAAGGCUGAGCCUGGCUUUACCAUCUUGCUCGACCAGGGGAGCCGCGAUGGCUCAAUAGACUCGCUGAAUAUGCUGCGUCGACCGAGUGCACCUCUCUCUAGCGUACCACUUCCCAACGUCUGCUGCGUCCGCCGUGACAGCGUGGAUGGUGGUGCAGCUCGCUACUACGAUGCGCCCGUCUCCCCUUCUCUGCACUCCUCGGAUGGGGCUUGCUCCGGCUCGGGAAUUGGCAGCGGCUCCGGCACUAGCAGCAGCAGCAUGUCCACGGACCAUUGGGCCAACUUGAUCGAGUACGAGUACCGCGGCGACGAGAACAACAGCGAGGAGACGACGCCUGUCGCCGACGUCAGCGCCGGCAGUGGCAGUGCUCUUGGACUCUCCUUUGACGCCGACAUCCAAGCGAGGCGCCCAGGCCGCAACCCGGGCUACGACACAAAGCUGCGCGUCACGGGGAUCCCAUGGCUUGACGACGAGCUGCGAGCAGAGGGAGCGCUGGAUGUAGACGAAAGCCCUGCCUUGCCCGAGACACCGCCUGAGCUCCUUUGCGGGCAGGAGAGCUGGCUUGGUGAUGACGACGACGAAGACAUGCUUGACGCCAUGAUGGCCAAAGCGUUCAAGCCUCAGGCCAAGCGCGACUCGAGGCGUCUCUCCGCCAUGCGCCCUGCCACGGCCAAAACCAUUGCCUCAAUCGAGUCGACCCGUACCAGUCGCAGCGACAGCAUCAACUCGAUGGGCACUCGCGCCAGUGCAGCAAUCAGCUUCAACAGUGAGCCUACUCACUCUCAAGUGCCUGAGCGCAAGCGCAAGAAGUUGCAAGCCAAGCUGCGUCUUCUCGCCUCCCUGCCUAUGGCGCCUCCUCGCACGACCUCGCUCGCACCUACCGGUGCUACGACUUCUGCUACGACGUCGCAUACCUCGACCACCUCCUCUCACAUGUCGCUCAACUCGGCCAUUUUCCCGAUUGCCGGGCUGUCCUCCACCCUCCCUGCUCCUAUGAACGCCGAUCACAAGCAGCGUCGCCUAGCCAGUAUGGGCGAGGCGCCAGCCUUCCCCAGCAGCGUAGGGGACGACAAUCAGGUGGGGGAUGAGCGGCAGAUGCUGGCUGCCCUCGCCGGUAUCGUACCCACAUCGGUGGCUCCGCUCCCGGCUCGCCCUCCUCGUCGCACCCCGUCCACCUCGCUCCAGCGUAACGGCAGUGGGGCUCUGCGCGAGUCUCGAUCCACCACGGCUGUAGGUCGCAGGUACAAGGAGCAGAGUGCCGAGGUUGCCCGCCCCUCAAUCCUGGUAGGCAAGCCGAGCGACUCCAACUCUCCCCGCAGCGUGAGGAGCACGGAACACAUUGGCGCAUCCCCCUCGAUCCGCUUCCGUCGAGAGGACGACCUCAUCAGGCCUACUCUGCGCAGGGCAGCCAGCAACUCGAGUGCCGCCGCUGCAUCGUCGUCGAGCAGCUCGUCUUCCUUCAACAACACCUCGCAAGGCAGGCCAUCCACCGAGCCCAAGGAGAAUUACGGUAGCGGUCGUCGCAGCUUCGGUGACAUGCUUCGUCCCUCGAUGGACCUAUUGCGCCCUCAUGCCUUGCAGGCGGGCGGCGGGUCUUCUCGCUCCAAUUUCUUCUCCCGCUCUCGACAGUCUCCCUCUCCCUCCCCUGAGUCGACGGGCAGCAACGAGGUCUCGCUCACGUUCAAGGAGCGUACAUUGGGUGGACGAGUGGCCAAGAGCGUCGACUUUGGGAGCAGAUUGAGCUUCUGGAACAGCGAUGAGGCGCGAGAGAGUAGUCACGGUCGAGCGGCUACGCCCGUGAAUGGGAGUGGUAGCGGUAGUGGUGGGUGGUUGAAGAAGAGCAGGAGCAGGUUGAGGAUGAUGGCUGCCUGAGCGGGCCGUGGACCAGACUACUGUCAUUUGUAUACCAAU